UGGCGUGCGGAGCGUCACGUGAACGCAGCAUCAGAUGCUGACGAGCCGUUGCUUGCGGAAACAGCUGGUGGUUUCUGUCAGUUUUUUUUUUUAGAGAGAGAGAGAGAGGCAACAUUGGCAGGGAUAAAAGUUUAAGAGAGAGUCGAAACGGACCGAGCACGCUUUGGUUUGAAUCCCCGCUGCUGUUCCGCCGCACGCCGGGACAUGUCAGCCCGUGAACGGCACUUUAUCCGGUUAAUUAACGAGCUAGCUCCGUAGACGCUGACGCAGCCGGCUGCUAACGCCGAGCUAACUUUGUACUCCCAUAGCAACUACUGUCAGGUGUCAGGGCCUGUUUUUGUGACACCGCAGGAGCUGUGUUUUUUUUUUUUUAUUCUUACCCCCUUUCAAGUUAAAUUUCAGCAUGACUCAUGUUCAUUAUAAAUUCUCCUCCAAACUCAGCUACGACACGGUGGUUUUUGACGGCCCGCACAUCACGCUGGGGGAUCUGAAGAGGCAGAUCAUGGGCAGGGAGAAGCUCCGAGCCGGGGACUGCGACCUGCAGAUCACAAACGGACAAACCAAGGAAGAGUACACUGAAGAUGACGGUCUGAUCCCCAAAGGCUCCUCCGUCAUCGUCAGGAGAAUCCCGCUCAUCGGAGCCAGGUCCAACACGAACAAGACCCGCAACAUUGAGCGAUCGGACGUCCAGCAGCACUCCUUCGGAGCCGCCAAAGCAAUGGAUGACCAGGAUUCUUCAGGAACCUUACCCCUUUUCUCAAAGAUGGCCAACCUGGCUGAUGCGGAUGUGUCAGAAGAGGAUAAGCUCAAAGUGAUCCUAAAUCAGAACACCUACGACUCUGUGAAUUACAAGAAGUUUGGUACUGCUCUACCAGCAAACUACACCUGUUAUCGCUGUGGAAAUACCGGACACCACAUCAGGAACUGUCCCACCAGUGGGCAGGACAAAAAUUUCGAGGCCCCUCCGAGAUUAAAGAAAAGCACGGGCAUCCCUCGUUCCUUCAUGGUGGAAGUGGACGAUCCCAACAUAAAGGGAGCCAUGCUGACCAACUGUGGACAUUAUGCGAUUCCUGCCAUACACGCUAAGGCGUAUGCCAUUGGCAAGAAGGAGAAGCCUCCAUUCGUUCCUCAGGAGCAGCCAAAGACAGAAGAGAAGGAGGAACCGAUACCGGACGAACUCGUCUGUUUGAUCUGUCAUGACCUACUGAGUGACGCUGUGGUCAUACCCUGCUGCGGAAACAGCUACUGUGACGACUGUAUUCGCACCACCUUGCUGGAUUCAGAGGAACACGUCUGCCCCACUUGUAACCAAUCCGAUGUCUCACCUGAUAACCUGAUAGCCAAUAAAUUUCUCCGACAGGCUGUGAACACGUUUAAGAAAGAGCAAAGUGGAAUGUGUGGUACAUCCCAAUCCCAAAAUCCAACCCAGACGUCGAGCCCUGUCCCCACCCCGCCGCCUCUCAUUACGCAGAGCCAAACUCAGAAACUUUACCAGUCCAGCCACAGCCAGCAGGACCCUCUUGUGCCGCGCUCACAGGCUGCAGACACGCCGUCAUCAUCUCAGGUGUGUGGAGAUCCUCCCACAUCAACCGACCCCGACCCUGCUUCCAACACGCCGAGCACGUCCCUCCAGCCCACGCAGAGCCACCUGGACAUAUUCGACAAAGAGGCUGAAGAGAAGACGCAUGAUGACUCAGCGGCUGCUGCACCUUCUGUACCGGUUUCACACAAAGACCCCGCUGCUGCUCCAUCACAGCUGAUACCACUGGUUAACCACGCUCCAGAGGUCGAGCAGCCCCAGACAGUCAGUGUGAAUCUACAGCAGGCCUCCACAGGUCCACCUCCAGGACUCUCUGGACCCUCAAAAUGCUGGGAGAGCUCCACUUCCUCCUCUUCAAGCUGUCCCACCAGAAGCUGGAGUGAAUCCUUCAACACCCAGCAGCUUCCUCCCUCCUCCACCUCUUCUUCCUCUUCAUAUCCAGCAGUUCCUCCACCUCUCUUCCCCUCCCCCCUUUUCCACACAUUCCUCGCCGCUCAGCAGCCUCUCAACAGUUACCACCCUGGGUACCCACCUGCCACGCCUGUCUGGACACUCCCCACCCCCCAGGGUGCUCCCAUCCCCUCCCUCUGCUCCUCUACCGCCGCAUCCCCGAUCCCCGCCCUUAUCCCCAAGGAGUGGUACAUGCAUCAGAGAAAUAAGAAGGAGAGGUCACCUCACAGAGGAUCUGCCUACAGACGUUCCUCCUCACGGUCUAAUUCAAAGUCGUCAAAGUCCAAAUCUUCUCGCUCCUACUCUCGCUCUUCAAGCAGGUCCAGAUCCCGUUCCCGGUCCAGGUCCCAAAGCAGAUCAAGGCCCCACUCACCUUACUCCCAUCACAGAGACCUCCACUCCCGCUCUCAUUCCUCCCACUCUUAUAGCUAUGGUUACAAACGUUCUCCUACGCCGUCCUCGUCAUCCUCACCUCGAGUGCCUUACCCUUCCAGGUCCAAGUCAUCAUCGGAUCGUCGCAAAACCAGCCAUCACGGUCGGCAUCACCAUAAGAAAUCUGCUUUGAGUGGCCACAGCUCCAGGAAGCAAGGGGAAUGCUCCCAGGCAGGAGGCCCAGGGGGGAGUUCAACCAGUCACCCAAACAGUCAGGAGAUGGACAGAGAGCGUUACUUGCAGUGGGAAAGGGACUACAAAGAGUGGUAUGGGAAAUAUUUCAACAGCUAUGUCAGCCACUUUCACCAGCUGCCUCCUCCCCUCCUCAGUCUUCCUCCCACUCCUCAUCCUCAAUGGGGGGACAGGGAUGGAAGCAGAAAACACUCACAGGACCGACUUCAAGGUAGACGCUCUGCACGGAUGGACGGGCACUCACCUCCAUCGCAGUCAUCCAGUGACAGCCGGUCUCCUCCAUCUCAGUCUUCAAGUGACAGCCGCUCCACGCCAUCUCAGUCGUCUAGCAAGAGUCGCUCCUCUCCGUCUCAUUCGUCAAAUGACAGCCGCUCACCUCCCUAUAAGUCGUCCAGCGACAGUCGCUCCACUCCGUCUGAAGACAAAGCUAAGCCGAGGGCCCAUCAGCAGAAGUGCUCCGAGAAGUACAGCCGCCCGCCAAUCGCACUUACAAAGAGCAGUACGCAAGCAGAGCGGCAGGAAAGAGGUAACGACGACAAGCAGCUAAUCGCUAAGAAUUUGAAGAGCUCCGGCACCUUAAAACACGAGCAAAAGAGCGUGAAGAAACACAAGGAAGGGAGAGGAGAGGAGUCUUCUUCCCCUGAUGUUGCAGACUCAGCGGAUGACUACAGAAAGGACAAGAGGAGGCAUAAGACCUCAGUACAGGACAAAGUCACUGCCAAUGAAGCCUCAGAAUCAGUUCAACCACUCAUGAAACCAGAUAAGCAUUUGGAUAAAGAGAAAGGGUGGAGAAGAGGCAAAUAUUCAGGCUCCAGGCAAGAUGUGGAGAGACGGCAUAAAGAAAAAUCCAGCAAAGGUGCAGAGAGGGCGUAUACAGACAGAUACAGACACCGUGGAGGCGGCAAAGAUGCUGACUCAAGAUCAGAGAAAAACCGAAAAAGAAAAGGAGAGGACGUGGAGAGGAGUUUUGUUCAGGCUAAAAGCAGCAGAUGCCUGAAAACAAAACUUGAAGAGGUCCCUAAAAUCCGCAAGAGUGAAUCCCCGAAACCGUUCAACAAAAAGACGCAAAAGACAGAGAAGAAAAAGGAGAGCAAGUCAUGGCCUCUGACAGAGAGAGACAUCUGGGAGGGAGGGAUGAAGGUGAAACCACAGAAGAAAAUAAGCAUCAACAUCAACCUGGAUAUGAAGAGGAAGGAAGAGAACACUGAAAAACAGGACGCGUCUUAUUUAGAGAGCAUCUCAGGAAAAACAACGGAAGACAUGGAACCCAGCAGAGACCAGAAAGAUGUGUCUGAGGAAAAAAUAAAACCAGAUGAUGGCGAGACCAGACCAGUAUGGAAGACCAUCACAGAUGAUAAGAGAGAGGUGUGGGAGAAAGUUUCAGGAGAGAGGAAGAAAGAGGACAAAUUAGAGGAGGACUUUGACUUAUGGCGUUGUGCCUUCAAAGGAGUGGAGGAGGAGAAGAAGGAGAGCCAAAUACAGUGGGAGGAACAAGACUGGAUGAAGGUGACAAAUAAUGAGAAGAAGACGGCGGAGGGAGGAAGCACAGGGAAGGAAAAAAGGGAGUCGAAGCCAAAGGGGGGAGUGAUGGAGGGAGUGAUGGGGGAAGAUGAAGGCACGACAAGGUCACAGAGGAGCAGAAAUGAGAGCCACCAUGAUGGACUAAACAUCACGGUGGACGAUGGCAGCAGCUACGAGGAUCGUCGGCAGGAGAGGAAGAUGGUGGUGAAAACUCUGGAGGAGUACACCCACAACAGAGCUGCAGACAGACAGGGCGAGCUCGUGCUCAUACAGGUCCCUCGAUCCAAAUGGGAGAAGGAAGAGUCUGAUGCAGAAGAGCGGGGUGAGGAAGAGAUCAAAGUUCAGUCGGAUGCUCUUGCAGCCUUUCCGCCGUUAGCAGAGACACCAACCGAGAGGGAAACAGAGGAAGAGCAUGAAGAUCGGAGACAUAAAGGAAUAGAAAAAGAUAUAGUCAGAGCAGUGGAGAGAGAGAAAAACUCCACUUUGUCCAGCUCACACAGAAGUAUGGCUCCCUCUAGUGGCAAAGACAAACCUGGCAGCACCUUAUCUAGUGAGAGGAUGGAGAUGGAGAGACCGAGGGACGGAGAGAGAGGGAGGGAGAGUGAGAGACCGAGGGAGAGGCCGAAAGAGAGCAGAAGAUCAAAAGAGAGAGAGAGGACAAGGAUGGAAGUGAAAGGGAAAGACAGGGGGAGAGAGAAGGGGCACAAGAGGAACCUCCCUUCCUCCUCCUCUUACUCCCACACUUAUCCGACGUCACUUGACACAGAGAGGAGAGACAGGCAGCGAGGGGACGACCAGGGUAGCAACAAGAGUUCUUACUCUCUGGGUGGGAAAUCCAUCAGUAGCAGAAGCCAGGAAAGCAGCACAUUAAGCAGAGCUGCCGAAGUGUCCGAUCCAAAUGCACACAAAACAUAUAGAGACACGUUCCUGGAUUUGAAAUUUAGUGAAGACCUUCCACACCACUACCACCAAGACAGGCCAGCACGGACUCACUGCUCCCCACCUUCUCUCUCACACAGCCAGGGUAAGGAGAGAGACCCGCUCCCCUAUGAAUCCUCUGGAGGGUCAGAGCUCAGCAAGCACAGAGCGAGCAGUCCUGCUCGGGAGUUAACGCAGAACAUAAGUAGAAAUGUGGGCAAGGUAGAAAUGGUUGAGUGGAAGCGACAGACCAGGUGGGAGGAAAGUGGAGAGCUGGAGGAAGGGGAGCGACCCAGCAGCAACAGCAUCAGUUCAUCGGCGAGUCAUGAGAGCAGCAGCAGCGGCGACGACGACAUGAGGAAAGAGUGGAAGAAGAAGCACAAAAAGGAGAAGAGACAAGCUGCCCCUGAGCCGCUGGAGGAAGGGGAGCUGAAGAAACACAAGAAGAAGAAAUCAAGGAAAAGCAGAGGUGACAGGGAGGAGGAGGAGAGUGAAGGAGAGGUGGAGGAUGCAAAGCUCUGCGCACUUAUGUUAUUUUGACUGUUACGAAAAGAAAAGAAAAAAAAAAGAUGUACUUGAAUGUUUUUCCCUUCUCUGUCCGAAAAGUGCCUGGAUUUAUUUUCUUUGACUUAAAUUAUAAUUUUUCCCAGGAAACUUUUUGUAUCACCUUAUAUAAAAUAUGCAUCAUCCAAAACAAAAGUGAACAAAUUGUGAAGGAAAAGCACUUUAUACUAUAUAGAAGAAAAUUAAUGUGAAUGAAAACAAAUGUGAAACCUUGAAUUACUUGAGGGUCAAGGGACUUGCACAGCCUCACAUCUUGCUCAGGACUGCCACAAACUAUGGUUUAUGUACUGACCUAACAUGUUCCAGCUUGCAUUACGUAAAUCUUGACAACACGUUGGUCUAUUAAUUUCAUUUGCUUCACUCAGGAGCACACGGAGGAUUACUGAAUUACUGAGUUUGUGAUUCAUUUAAAACAUAUACUGUGAAUAUUUAUGAUUUGAACCUCUGUGUUGUAUUUAGUUUUUCUUUUUAAUUUUGUAAAUGUUUGAUUUAAAA